AUGAAACGGAAAGUAUCUAGCGAGGCCAUCGACACGCAGCGUGGACACCGUCAGCCACAGGUUUCAUGCAACUCUUGUCGGAAGAAGAAGCUCAAAUGCGACCGUCAACAGCCAUGCUCCAACUGCGAAGUCCGCGGAUUAUCAUGCAGCGGGUCGCAGAGCGUGAAGCUGCAUCACAGAGUCGAGAAAUCAGCGGACAGUAUGAUCCUGGAGAGACUGAGAAACCUCGAAGAGGCAGUCUUUGGCAAUAAUUACCGAAGGAGUCGCAUUACAAUGAAUGCAACGCCGGAGAGCGAGUACUACCAGGCGGCCAAGUUCCUUGACUCAACAUACACAAUGGAUAAUUUCGGCGUGAGGGGAAGUCUCCAUUGUGUCUGA